GUUCUCGAAAGGGCGGGGAAUCCUGAGGUCAGCAACUUCGACCUUCUGAGGGGCAGUAGAUAGAGGGCCUUAUCCUCAAAGGCGGAGUCUCCAACUGAGGGCCACCUCUCGACCCUCCGGGACAGAACAAGACCUCCGCGUUCCGGAUUACAGCCAGCUGCCUCCAGGGCCUACCACAGUAUCUGGCACAUAACCAUUACCCAGCAUAUUGAACAUUCAAGCCUGCCCAGCACCACUGUCCUUAGAAAAGUUUAAGGCUUCAGGCCAAGCCCUGAAUGGCUGGUCUCCAGUUGGCUCCUCAACUGCCUGUGGGCGUUAUGUUCCCACAUAAUAAAGCAGCCGCUCCAGGGCUCCACUCAGCCAAGCAAGACCCUUAUGAACAAGGUGACUCUUCCCAGCAGUCCUCCAUGGGGCACCUGAAGAGUUUUCAGCAGAAGCCUUUGAACAAGAAAGAGCUGGCACUGGAUAAUGUCUACACUCACCCCAAAUGGAACACCUGCACAAAAGCCCGGAGCUACUCCUAUUCCCACUGUGCUGGAAUCAGCCAGCGAAACUCGGGAAGCAAUCCCCAGGGCCAAGGAAAGGGCUUCUUGUACUCUUCAAGCCCUCAGUCCGGGUAUCCCAAAGCAAAUGACCAAGACUUCAUCCCCUUUACAAAGAAGCGAGUUGGGGUGGACCGGGCCUACCCCUUGAAGCCUGUGGUCCACCGGAAGUCUCAUAGUACAGGGGAGGCUGGCACUGACAGGAACCAGAAUGUCUACCCAAGACCCCCUGACCCAAGAGAGUUUUCAGACAGCAAUUUUGGUUUGAGGAACUGGGUGAAUUCAUCUGUUCUGGCUUCCAUGCAGGGGGAGGCCAUGGCAAACCUCCACAGGACCAACUGGAUGCAGGUCCAAAGACUAGAAGCUGCAGGGGAGAGCUUAGAGGAGGAAAUCCGAAGAAAGGAGAGUCUCCUGAGGGAAAAGCUGAAGAAGACAGAGGAAGAACUCAGAAGGAUCCAGAGGGAAAAGGAACAGGCGAAGGAAAAUGAAGAGCAAGAGCUGCAGAGAAUGAUACAACUCAGAAGAGAUAAAGGCAGUAACAUUACCAUCAUAUACAAGCCUGUCUUUUCCCCAGAAUUUGGGACUGAAGAGGUGUCCAGUAGAGACAGGAGAGAGGAUGAAACUUGGGGACAGCCUCAGGAAAAUUCUAGUCCAAUCCAGUUCUCUGAUUAUGGAAUCCAGAAAUUCAAAAAGGAAAGGCUAGUGGCAAUCAGUAAAAUCCAAGACCAAGCCUCAAGGCCAUUGGUGGAGGAGUUCUUUCAGCCUUCAGAAGAAGCAGGCAGUAAUUUGCAGGGAUCCACCAGAAGUUCUAGCUUGUCCAGGGCACCAGAGUCCUCGCGUUCCAGUGGCUCCACUGAAGAGCCAGAACUGGGCAAGUGCAGCCACUGUGGGCGCACAUUUCUCUUGCUCAGGCUGGAGAGACACUCCACCAUCUGCAGCAAGAUGCAGGGUUCCAAGAGGAAAGUGUUUAACUCCUCCAGAGCCCGGGCGAAGGGCACAGAACUAGAGCAGUACUUGAACUGGAAUGGGCCAGCCACAGUCAAGGCUGAGCCUCCUCAGAAGAACAACUGGAGACAGAAGCAUGAAUCUUUCAUCUGUACCCUCCGUCAGGCACGAGAGAUCCAGCAGGUCAUUGCCAAAGGUGGAAACCCCUCAGACUUGCCUCCCAUCCUGCCUGCAGAAAACCCAGACUAUGUUCAGUGUUCUCACUGUAGCCGUCACUUUGCUCCCAAGGUAGCUGAGCGACACAUUCCCAAGUGUAAGACCAUUAGGAACCGUCCUCCACCUCCAAGAAAGCACCAUAGUUGAGCAGACAAUAGUAGAAACCCCCUCGGACAGUUUAGAAGGCUCUUCUUCUCUGCAGCAAUAAAUAGAACUAGAAUACUUUGAUAUAAAGCAGAGAAAAAUACUCCUGAAAUUUUUAUAUUACACAGCUCUGGUAAAACCAGGGAGACGGCUAUUGCUAAGCAGCAGGAGGCAGGAGGAAGCCCAGCUUCUCACUAAAUUACAACCUCAGCUGGUGUUUCUCAUGUUCAGGCCCUAAGAACUGGUGGGUGGAGACACUGAAUAGUGAACAGGCUACAUUAAAGCUCUUUCUCACAAGCCUGACUCUGAUUUGUGCUAGUGAAGUGUCUGCAUUUGGUUAUUUUUCUGGUCACUGCGUGUGUCCAUUGUUUCUGUUAACUCUUCAUGCUCUUGUAAGAAAUAGAAUUGGGCUAAGUUGGGGUCAGAAGACUGUGGUUACCCAGAUAAUAAUUCUUAUAAAAGAUAAUAUGAUUUUGCUUUUAGGCAUUAUUAAUGAAAGUGUGUUCUUUGCCUCCAUGAGGCAUGGUCCUGGCCAAAUGCCAAUAAAAGUAUAUAAUGUUAGGGCACCCGCACAUCCUAAACCUUCCCUGUGGUGUACCGUGUAAUAAAGGCAACAUCUUUAUGUACUUUACAGGGUAGGGACGGGGGGGAACAUAUUAUACUUCUACUUGCUCUUUUCUAAUGGGUUUCAUAUGUUGAAAAAUGAUGAAGCUGCUAGCUCUCUGCUUUCAAAUCAUGUUGGCUGAAUGAGUUUUUUUUGGUACAGGGGAUUGAAUUCUGGACCUUGCGCUUGCGAGGCAGGCACUGUGCCACUGAGCUAAAUUCACGGCCCUGAAUGACUUUUUAAAUGAGGCAGCAAAUGUACCAUCAAAGCAAGCUGGGACACUGCAGCGUCACAUGUCCCUGCUGAUUAUAACAUAGUUAAAUUCUAUUUUGAGGAGUAAAUUCUGAAGGAAAAGAGAACAGAUCUUUUAAAUUUUCUGUGUAGAAUAGUGCCUAGCACAAGUUAGGCCCUCAAUUAAUGGGUUUGGGAGACUUAAAUUUAACCAGGUAUGUCCAUUCCCCAGGCAAGUUUAAUGAGGAAGACACUACGUUCCACACUUGGUGUUAAAAGCAGUAUGUGGUGAAGGUCACAAAGUGGCAGCCUGUGGACGAUUUUCUCCUGUGUUUUAUUGGCUGGGACGGCAUUAUAAAUAUGAUCUGACAUUGAAACACUGGGUCAUGAAGCAUCUCUUUGAAAAGCUGGAGGUUCUGGAAACACUGGACCAGGAACCUAUACAGGGCAGAUUUGGAGGGGUUCAGAAUCAGUGGCCCUUCACUCAGGGACCACAGCAGGUGGGACCUGUUUCACAUGCCUUAUCUGCCUGGCCCCACAGGCACUUGGGUUUGGGAUCCUUGGAUGAUGGUAUUAGGGUCACAGGUCAGGGUUCUCCAGAGAGAACAAAUGCUAUUUAGGGAGUGUUUCUAUAGACACAAGGAUGUAGUAAUUCAUUCUUAAGUUGCUGAGAAAAUAGUUAAUGCCUUCAUGUUUCCUUUGAUCUCCUGUUUAGACUUUGGUUAUUCUAUUCGUCUUUUAAAUUUAGCUUGACUUGGCUUUUGGGAAGAGGUAAAAAUUUUUUUCUAUCUAGUCUCUUCCCAGGUGGGAUGACAAAGGACACAUAAUGUUACUUGUAAAUGUCCCUAUUUUAUAUUACUUUAUCCAAGAACCUUUAGUGCCAGUAAACAUAAAUUUUAAAGUUCAAAAAGUUAAGCAGUGGGAAAAAUCUCACAGUGACACCCAUGUCAUUUAAAAGUGUGUACAGUGAAAAUGACUGAAGUAUGUUAUGUGCAUGUAUGAGUCUGCCAAAAUGAAGCUCACUAAUCUGUAUAACCAAUAAAAAAAACUGUGUAGACAGUCCAAGAUAAUAUUUCUUACUGUUGCAUGCAGCUCAGCACCUUCUGGUCAGCAUUUGCUUUUGGUCAUUGAUUGAUCACUCUUCACAACUACACAGAAGGUAGCAGAGAUGUGACACAGUCUUUUUCUCCCUAAUGUCUAUGACUGUCAGGUUUAAGGAUCAACAUGUUUAUUUCCAUAGUUAAUCAUUAAAGCAGUAAAUGACUUCUGGCUUUGCAGCAGGAGGACCAUGUUUUACAGUCCUGGGUAUGGCCUGCUUAGCUCUGACACUACCAUGACUAAUACUUCUUUGGAGGCCCCAGGGAUCUUAUUUGAAUGAAUGUGUCUAAAAUA